CCCAGGGACCUUCCCACUGGGGGCACUGCAGCACUUUCACUUCCCCCAGGUGCCCAAGCCCUGCCCUAGCAUGCGGGAGCACUGCACUCUACACUUGUUGCCAAGAACAGGAUGCAGACUCUGAGAGGGGGCCCAUGACAAGCUUCUGUCUUUCUGCUCGUCUCCUCCGGGCCCAACACCUCUUCUCUUCUGUCCCUCCCACGGGCUGCUGACCCCUCUUAGGUGAAGAUGUCGGCCCAGGACAGCUGCCUCAGCCUCAUCAAAUACCUCCUCUUCGUUUUCAACCUCUUCUUCUUCGUCCUAGGCAGCCUUAUUUUCUGCUUUGGCAUCUGGAUACUCAUUGACAAGACCAGCUUCGUGUCCUUUGUAGGCUUGUCCUUCGUGCCCCUGCAGAUCUGGUCCAAGGCCCUGGCCAUCUCAGGAAUUCUCACCAUGGGCCUUGCUCUCCUGGGCUGUGUGGGGUCCCUGAAGGAGCUCCGCUGCCUCCUGGGCCUGUAUUUUGGGAUACUUCUGCUCCUGUUUGCCACGCAGAUCACCCUGGGAAUCCUCAUCUCCACACAGCGGAUGCGGCUGGAGCGGAGGGUGAAGGAAAUCGUGCUGGAGACCAUCCAGAACUACCGCUCGCGUCCGGAGGAGUCGGCGGCGGAGGAGAGUUGGGACUACGUGCAGUUCCAGCUGCGCUGCUGCGGCUGGAACUCUCCUCGGGACUGGUUCAGUAUCCCCAGCCUCAUCAGCAACGAGUCGGAGGUGCAUCGCGUGCCCUGCUCCUGCUAUAAUUCAUCGGCGACCAAUGACUCCGCAGUCUUCGAUAAGCUCUCCUUCCCCCAGUUCAGCCGGCCCGGACCCCUGGCGCGGCCCCGGCACAGUACUGACCUUUGCGUGGUUCCUGCAAACAGCAAUAUCUACAGCGAGGGCUGCGCGCGGAGCCUCCAAAAAUGGUUGCACAACAACCUCAUCUCCAUAGUGGGCAUUUGUCUAGGUGUCGGUCUGCUUGAGCUCAGCUUCAUGACGCUCUCGAUAUUCCUGUGCAGAAACCUGGACCAAGUCUACGACCGGCUCGCUCGGUACCGCUAGGCCCCAGUCUCUUCCCAAAGCCCUGCCCCGUCCCCUUCAAGUGCCCUAGGGGCUUCCCUGUGGUCUGUAAAUAUUUGUUCAAUCCCCAGUUUGCCCCAACUGCUGAAUCCUCCACCUCCUCAUUUCCCUGGGGGACUCAGAUGUCUGCCUGCCCAGCUGCUGUCACCUCUCCCGCGGGACCUGGGGCUUCCGGCCACCAGCUUCCUGUCCCCAAAGAUACCUCAUUUCCUUGCCUCAUCUUUUGGCUUACCACCUCCCACAGGAUUAUUUUCACCCAAACCCCAAAUAAAUCCCCUGCGUUUUGGUAAAA